UUUGUAACGGAAAUAUCGGCCCGGCUUCCGCCGUUUUAUCGAUCGUGUUUUCUUUCCGUUACAAGCUUGCCCUCCGUCUCAGGUCCGCCCGAUUUCCUUCACCACAGCCUUUCCCUCUUCUCCGAUCUCGAUCGAUUCGAUCGAUCGGGCUGUAGAAUUUGGAAGAAGAGGCGAAGAAAAUCUGAGCGGAUCUGUCGAUCAUGGCGGGGUACCGGACGCUCGAGGUGACGCUGGUCUCCGCCAAGGACCUCAACGAUGUCAACGUUUUCAGCAAGAUGGACGUCUACGCCGUCGUAUGCCUAGCUGGCGAUCCCCGAUCCGCCCAGCGCACUCCCACCGACAAGGACGGUGGUAAGAAUCCCUCGUGGAACGCCACUCUCCGCUUCUUCGUCCCCGUCGACCCGGCUUCCGCCGCCGGCCUCCUCGUCCACGUCGUCCUCAGAUCUGAGCGCGCCCUCGGCGAUCGGGACAUCGGCGAGGUACAUAUCCCCAUGAAGGAGCUCCUUGGCGAAGGGAACACGGCAUUACCCCACUACGUCAGUUACCAAGUCCGGAAGUCCGACUCUGGUAAGCCCAAGGGCAUUCUUAAACUCUCCUACAGGUUUCUUGAACCUUCCGUCCCCUCUAACUAUGCGAUCGCCUCACCGAGUCCCGUCGAGUACCCUGCCGCUGUGCCGCCUCCGCCUGCUGGCUACCCCGUGCCUGGGACAGAUCACAAGCCUCUCGAUCCGCCGGCGAAAGCGUACGCCGCGGCGGGGACCAGCGCCACUGCAUACCCUCCAGUAGGGAAGGACUCCAAGGUCGGUGAGCCCGUCACCGCUUACCCUGCGCCUGGUAGCAGCGGGGCCGCUUACCCCUAUUCAGCACCCGCCUCUGCCCAUCCACAGCCGGGUCCACCGGGAGUUUACCCACCCUACGGUGCUCCGCCACAGUACGGAUACGCCCCUCCUCCACCCGGAUAUGGGUAUCCGCCUCCGCCCCAGUAUGGCUACGGACCUCCUCCGGUGGGGUACGGAUACCCGCCUCCGCCGCAAUACGGUUACGGGGCCACUGCACCGCCAAAGAAGAGCAAGUUCGGGGCCGGACUGGGUGCGGGUCUUCUAGGCGGCGCCCUCGGCGGCAUCCUCGUCGGUGAUAUGAUAUCGGACGCAUCGGCAUACGACGCGGGAUACGACGCAGGCUUCGACGACGCCGGCUUCUAAACAACGCCCCAUUGAUCCAGAGUAUCCGUUUACUUUGCGUGCUUCCUAAUUCGGAGUUUUUGUUCAUUCUGAAAAAGUUGCGAUUUUUCUUCUUUUAUUUUCUUUUCUUUGUUAAAUAUUUUAUGGAUCCACUUGUAUCGCUCCUUUGUAUAAUGUAAUACUCUUGUUUGUUAUGGAUUUUCACUUUAUCGCUCA